AUGAGUCAAGAUUCUAGCAAGAAACUCACUCCUGAGAUGAAUGCUUACGGAGUAAAGGUAAUGGGUCUGAAAUCCAAAACCCCAAAAUCUUCAAGGGUUUCCAAAUCCUCUCCUCAUACCAGUGAAAUCGCAAUUGCUCAAGGUAUCUCUCAACCAUCAUCUGAUCCGCACAAGAAGAAAGGGAAAAAGGCACGAUCCAAGUCAGAUGCGUCCAAAGCGAAGAGGAAGAUGGUAACGAGAGGCUCUGAGGCUACUCAGACAGUGAAUUCCGAGGCUGAGAUCAAUCCAAGUACGGGUGACGAUGUUGAUGAUUCUCGUAUCACUGAAGUGUUGGAAACUCCUCUCAAGGAAGUUUUACAUGCAAAUGUAGAUCCAAUUGUUCCAUCACCAAGCAACAACCAAUCAAGCCACGGUGUUGAUACUGAUUGCAACAAGGAUUCUGAUCAUCUUGAGGAAGAGGUAAUGGUUCCCAUCUCUACUCCCUCUGUUGAUAAAACUAUGCAUGUCGAGGAUGUUCAGGAUGUUAUUGAAAACUCAGAAUCUGAUGAGGUGUUGAUCAACACCCUUGGUGCUUCUACUUCUGUUGCUUCAAAAAGGCAAAAGAUGACUGUUGUUCGUAAGUACUCUACGCGUUCCUCUAGCAAGAAGUUAGGUUUGGGUUUGAGUGAGAACAAGAAGAGCAAGAAGGUCAUUAUUCUUGAUGAUGAUACUCCUGUUGUCCAGAAUGUCAAGAGAAAGGUUCACAAAGAUAAUGCUGCUCCUGUUGUUGAUGAGACUCCAACCGAGGAGUUGGAUAAGUCAGAUACUGGUUCUGCUGCUCGGAAGCGCAAGAUUGGGAAACGAAUUCCAGAAAAUGUGCCUGUUGCUCCUUUGGAUAACAUUUCUUUUCACUCUGAAAAGAGUGUUGGUAAGUGGAAGUAUGUUUAUCAGCGCAGAAUUGCUCAAGAGAGGGAAUUGACUGGUGAGAUUCUGCAUUGUCAAGAAAUUAUGAAACUUCUUGAGGCUGCUGGGUUAUUGAAAACUGUUACUGAGAUAGGUGGCUGCUAUGACAAGUUGGUGAGAGAAUUUAUAGUGAAUGUGACUACAAAUUGCACUGUUUCUGGGCAUCCUGAUUUCAGGAAAGUUUUUGUGCGUGGUAAGUGUGUCCAUUUUUCACCUGAGAUCAUUAACCAGUAUUUGGGAAGGAGCACUGUUGCCACAGGAAAUGAAGAGUUGUCAUUGAGUGCUAUCACUAAAGAACUCACGGCUGGUUAG